CAAUCUUGCGUAUCUCGGUUACUGUACUAAAUAUAUUAUUAGCUGUCCUAUCUUCAACGAUUUCUACAGAGUGUCUAUCCACAUGUGGGCCAAUGAUUGAGUUAGGGCAUCGGGUUGUGAUACAUGACUUCUGAAAUGGCAUUUUCUUUCUGUAGAUGCACGUGUCGACAGCCACUAGUCUUUUUACGUACACGACAAUCAUCUCCAGCGGCACCAAGAACAUUCUGUUCUAAAUCCAAGUUUCCAGAUAUACCUGAAUAUUUGAUAAAGACGGGAAAAAGGAGGGCUGUGAGAGAAGCCACAGAGAUUGGCUCAGUGGAGCUGUUCCGCAAGGCCAUGAGGAAAGUCCCCCAGCAAGUGGUAGUUGUAACAUCAGCACAGCAUACACCCGACGCUGGAUCUUGGCACAAACGAGGAGUCACCUGCAGCACUUUCUCCAGUGUUUCUUUUGCCCCGCCUAUCAUCUCUUUUUGUCUACAUAAACACAGUCGAAUGCAUGAACUGCUACAACAAACAGAACAAUUUGCAGUCCAUGUUUUGGGACAAGACCAAAUUCGUCAUGCCAUCCAUUUCUCCACUACAGCCACAGAUGAUCAGUGUCAGUUUGACAAAGUUCCUCACUUUCAGGGAGAAGAGGGGCUGCCCAUCAUCCUGGGGUCUCUGGCAGUCUUCCUCUGUGGCACACACUCCGUCCACACUGUGGGAGACCACCAUGUUUGGUACGGCACAGUUCAUGGCACCAGCAUCUCUGAGAGUCAGAUGGACCCUCUUCUCUACUUCACAAAGUCAUUCCGUUCAAUAAGUGAUGAAGUUUUCAUCAAGGCAUUUGAAGACGCCACCCUGCCGUUCGAGGACUGGACACAUGAGGCUCACCUACGAAUGGCCUGGAACUACCUCCGAGAAUACGGCCAUGAUGGAGCCACACCCUACAUCAAAUUAGGAAUUCAGAAAUUCAAUGAGCAGAAUAAGUCGAAGUUAAAGACGGGCUACCAUGAGACCCUGACCUUGUUCUUCAUCCACGUGGUGUGGGAUGCGUUGCAGCGGUGUCCGGGGGAUGAGUUUGAGGCGUUCCUGCAGCAGAGUCAGCAUCUAGUGGACAAGAACCUGCCCUUCCAGUACUAUAACAAGGACACCCUCUUCAGGGAGGACGCAAGGCACAAGUUUGUUGCUCCAGAUAAGAAAUCUCUACCUUGACCACCGCGGACCUUAGUACCAAGAGUUUGGGAGGCAGGCUGGAUACACGUGCUGUCAACAAUGCGUGUACAACUGGUUGUGUGCAACACUUAACAAACACAACCAUACGAAUGCAAUUUAACAGACAGAGUGAAUACAUUAGACUAACAAGACUUCAAGAGAUAUGGAUAUAUUAUUUUUGUGAUCAGCAGAUGAGAUGCUUCUCAGUUCAUCGUUGCCAUAACACUGAGAAAUGGUUCUCACACUAGUGGUGGUCCGAUUAAUUGAAAUGAUCGAAGAUUGGUCGCAGUGACUAAGCGACCAAGCAAUCGAUC